GAGGAGUUCCUUAUUCAUUCGAUGCAAGUUACUUAAAGGUAUAUCUUCGCCCAGAGGCUGUUUGACAUUUGGUACAUUACGAGUUGACAUCAGCUGAUACCCCUUACUUGACGUUUCGAUCGGGCACGAAAAGCUCGUCCCGUUUUUUGGAUUUGUGAUUUAGUGUGUUAUAGGUUUUAUCGCAGUGAAAGUGAAAGACUUUGUUCUAUUUGGUGCGAUCGAUCGAUUUUUUUUUUGGAUUGCCUGGCGUUAUUCCGCAAUGUGUGAUGUGCUCACUGGAUAGUGUGGCCAAUACGAAGAACUGAGUGUUACGAACUGUUCUGGGGAGAAAAAUAGUCUUAAGAUGAAUCAAACAUGCAAAGUUUGCGGUGAACCAGCCGCUGGAUUUCAUUUUGGUGCUUUCACUUGUGAGGGAUGUAAGUCAUUUUUUGGCCGAUCCUACAACAACAUGAGUUCGAUAUCGGAUUGCAAGAAUAACGGAGAAUGCGUAAUAAAUAAGAAAAACAGGACAGCCUGUAAAUCUUGUAGACUGAGAAAAUGCGUCCUAGUGGGAAUGUCCAAGAGUGGAUCUAGGUACGGCAGAAGAUCCAACUGGUUCAAAAUCCAUUGCCUUCUACAAGACCAACAACAAAAGCAACUUCAACAGAGCCAGAACAACUAUACUUCUAUGCCAGGCAUCCGACCACCUGAGAAAACCCCGCCUCCGCCACCUCACUCUAAUUUUGGCCUAAAUAUGCUUAGCAGCCAACAUUUUCCCCCGCCGUUCCUACACAUAAAAACAAAAGAAGAGCUUAUGCUCUUAGGUCUGGAUGAAUACAAAAAUUCAGCAUCUCCAUCGGUCAGCUCGCCAGAAUCACACAAUUCUGACUCUUCGCUAGAAAAUAGUGAUGCCAGAAGAUUACCUCUCUUCCAGGGUCUAAUUCCUCCACCUUUUUUACCCCCUCCCUUACUCAUACCCUCACCUUACUCCCAUUUUUAUCACGGACUGCUACAACCGACCCAACCUUCCAACAACAACAGGAUGAUGCAAAACCUAAACACAGAAGCAUUCAGCAAACGUGUUUACCUGGAUGCGAUCCUUCAGUCUCAAAGGACACCCACGCCCGAAGAAAUAGAAAAUUCCUCACCCAGAGUUUCGCCAACACAAGUCACUCCCAUUGACUUGAGUAUGAAAUCCAACAGUGAUAGUGGAUCAUCCCCAGCAAGAAGUGAAAUUUCUAGGUCGGCAAUAAUGGAUGUUCGAGAGAGUAGCGAAAGGGACGAUGAGAGCGAUUGUGAUACGGAAGUUAAAGAAAUGACUUUACUAAGGCCUUCACCCUUAGACUUGACCACGAAGGUUUAAUCUAUAUAUAUAGAAGAACGGAGGAUACAAAUGAUAGUCAAUAAAUCUUGAGUAUUUUCAAGUAUCUUUUGUUCUAUUUGGGAACAUAGUUGUUCAUUUUUGAAGUACCUAGAUACCUAGGUAUCAUUACAUAACAGACUUUUGCUCUUAUGCCUUUUCUACUGUAGUGAUGCUUUCAUCUUUCGGGCAAGCAAAGAGUCACUACACUACUUACAUUCCAUAUGUAAUGUACUGAACCUCGUUAUUUUUUCAAGUCAGUUGUAUCCUUUUAUUCUUUACUUUUGUAGAUGCUCCUCGGUUGUUAGCAAUCAUAGGAAAUGCAAUGUGUAUAUGUAACCUUUCUCAACGCAAUACCAUGUUGGUAUUAGUUUGUAAAUAACUAUAUUAUUAGGAAGAAUUAAUGUUUUAUCUGUGACAAAUAUUCGUUCGUUCUUCAUUUCCUUGAAAGAUGUAUAUAUUAUUUAAAGAAAGGAAAAAUCUUAUAUAAAGAAGUACUGCUCCGAAAUAAUAUAUUCAUCACUAAUUUAGUUGGCCAGUAAAAAUAAAGAAAUGGUGAUAUGGUUCCAGAAAGACUAGAACCCACUUUUUCUAUCAAUCUGUGAAUAUUAAGAAAAUGAGCAGUGCAAUAUAAUUUAUGUUUAGAUCUGUAUAUUGAUCUGUUUUAUUUAUUUUUGGGAUAACCAGAUUUUGUCUGGUUACUUCAUUUUGUUAUUUUAUUUCUUCUCUUUUAGGUACUUUUCAAUAUCCUAAUAGUAACUGGGCAUUUUAUAUACAAUCUGUACAUUAAUUUAAUUUUAUAUAAUUUGUUAAUAGUGAUUGUCACUGCGCAAAUCCCAUUUGUUAUUCAGGGACUUGGGCCAGUCAGAUAUAAAAAUGAUUCGAAUAAAAUAUUUGAAUAAAACGAUAGAUUAAAAAA